AUGGGUGGUAUGCGGUGGAUCAAUCGAGAGUUUCAAGUCGUUCAAACUCAACAGCAACAUUCACCGCCUCCUUCGUGGGUCUUGGUAGCUCUCCGGCUUCCUAACGUCUCCGGUGGCAGCUAUGUGGUGGUACACCUAAAUCCACAAAUUUCCUUAUAUUCUCAUCCGGGUUAUGAUUGUUUAGGGAGACCCAUGAUCGGCACAAAUGAUGGUUCAUUUGGAGACGAGUUGGAGAACGAGUUAGGAUUGUUGCUUCACGAACACAGGCGAGAGGCUGAUGAUCAUGAAAAGGAGUUAAACAUGUAUAGAAGUGGCUCAGCGCCACCUACUGUGGAGGGUUCUUUGAGCGCUGUCGGUGGUUUAUUUGGUAAUAACAAUGGAAGCAAUAAUAAUAACAAUCAUUUAGCAUUCUCUGAGUUUGCUGGUGGCAACGGAUUUAUGUCGGAAGAUGAACUUAGGGCUGAUCCCGCUUAUUUAUCUUACUAUUACUCAAACGUUAAUUUAAACCCUAGGUUGCCGCCACCAUUGCUGUCAAAAGAGGACUGGCGGUUUUCCCAAAGAAUGCAAAGUGGUGGUGGUGGUGGUGGGGUGGGUUUAGGAGGGAUUGGGGAUAGGAGGAAAUCCAACCGGACUGAUGGUGGUGGUGGCGGCAGUGGUGGUGGUGGGGUGUCUCUUUUUUCGAUGCCGCCUGGUUUUAACUCAAAGAAACAAGAGGCUGAGAUUUCUGAGGCUGAGAAAGUUAAGGUUUCAGCUGAGUGGGGUGGUGAUGGAUUGAUUGGGUUGCCUGGUUUAGGGCUAGGUAGCAAACAGAAGAGCCUUGCUGAGAUUUUCCAGGAUGAUUUGACCCGUUCGACUCCACCAUCCGGGCACCCAUCUCGACCCGCAAGCCGCAACACUUUUGAAAACAAUGAUGACAACAACACACUCCCAACAUCAUACUCUUACGCUGCAGCAUUAGCAGCUUCUUUAUCAAGAAGCGGGACCCCCGACCCGCAACACAUCGCCCGGGUUCCAAGCCCGGUCCCGACUCCAAUCGGAGGCGGGCGGGUCGAAAAAAGAAAUCUAAACGGUCAAAACAAUCUCUUCAAUGGCGGGUCAUCUUCAAAAGAGUCAGAAGAUCUGGUAACUGCAUUAUCUGGCAUGAACUUGUCAAAUGGAAGCAUGAGUGAAGCCAAGAAUCGGGCCCACUUUGAUCAGAAUCAAGAUUACCAUGAUGCUUAUCCAUCCAAUAACAACAACAACAGUAAUAACAAUAAUAAUAAUAAUAGUAAUAGUAAUAGUAGUAUUAAUAAUCUGUAUGUUGAUGGAUCCUCUAAUAACAUCUAUGGAGGCUGGGAUCCAGCGUAUUCCAAUUAUGGUACGACCGCAUACACCACCAAUUCGCCACAAAUGGUGUCCGGUCAAGUCGGCAAUUUGAACCUGCCGCCACUUUUCGAGAACGCUGCCGCGGCGGCCUCUGCCAUGGCUUUCCCAGGAAUGGAAUCGAGGUUCGGAAUGGAAUCACAGAGCAGAAUCGGGGGAAACACGCCUUUUAUCGACCCGAUGUAUCUUCAGUAUCUGAGAACAACCGAAUAUGCAGCUCAGAUAGCUGCUCUGAAUGAUCCGGGCCUCGAUAGAAACAGUUAUUUAGGGAACAAUUCGUAUACAGAUUUGCUUCAAAAAGCAUAUCUUGGAAGCUUAUCAUCACCACAGAAAUCACAGUAUCCGUUUGGUGGAAAGUCUGCAAGUCCAAACCACCAUGGGUAUUAUGGGAAUCACGGGUAUGGAAUGGGAUUAUCGUAUCCCGGGAGUCCAUUGAUAAGCCCGGUUCCAAACUCACCUCGGGGACCGGGUAGCCCGAUUCGACUCGGUGAACUCAAUGCACGAUUCUCCCCUCAGAUGAGGAACUUAGGUGGUGGUGGUGGUGGUGUUAUGGGGCCUUGGCAUCUUGAUGGUGCUGAUAAUAGCUUUGCUUCUUCUUUGCUUGAAGAGUUUAAGAGCAAUAAAACUAAGUCCUUUGAGCUUUCUGAAAUCACUGGGCAUGUAGUUGAAUUCAGUGCGGAUCAGUAUGGGAGUCGUUUCAUUCAACAGAAACUUGAAACUGCAACUACAGAAGAAAAAAACAUGGUUUUCCAAGAGAUCUUUCCACAGGCACUUACACUGAUGACUGAUGUUUUUGGAAACUAUGUGAUUCAGAAGUUCUUUGAGCAUGGAAUGCCAACCCAAAGAAGAGAAUUGGCUGGAAAGCUUUUAGGGCAUGUGUUGACACUCAGCCUUCAGAUGUAUGGUUGUCGUGUAAUCCAGAAGGCAAUUGAGGUUGUUGACUUGGAUCAAAAGAUCAAAAUGGUGGAAGAACUUGAUGGACAUAUCAUGCGAUGUGUACGUGAUCAGAAUGGAAACCAUGUUAUUCAAAAGUGCAUUGAAUGUGUUCCUGAACAACAUAUUCAAUUCAUCAUCACCACUUUCUUUGAUCAAGUUGUCACCCUUUCCACCCAUCCAUACGGGUGUCGUGUCAUCCAGAGGGUACUUGAGCAUUGUGAGGAUCAAGAAACACAAAGCAAGGUGAUGACUGAGAUUCUCGCAUGUGUAAGCAUGCUUGCACAAGAUCAGUAUGGAAAUUAUGUUGUACAGCAUGUACUGGAACAUGGAAAGCCAGAUGAGCGUUCGAUUAUAAUCCAUGAGUUGGCUGGAAAGAUUGUUCAGAUGAGUCAACAGAAGUUUGCAUCAAAUGUUGUUGAGAAAUGUUUGACUUUUGGUGAUGCUAGUGAACGCCAACUCCUUGUGAAUGAGAUGCUUGGCACUACUGAUGAGAAUGAGCCUCUUCAGGCGAUGAUGAAAGAUCAGUUUGCAAAUUACGUGGUGCAAAAGGUACUGGAAACAUGUAGUGAUCAAGAACGUGAGCACAUACUGACAAGAAUCAAAGUUCAUCUGAAUGCACUGAAGAAAUACACGUAUGGGAAACAUAUCGUUGCUCGUGUGGAGAAGCUUGUUGCUGCUGGAGAAAGGAGGAUUGCAGCUCAGUUGUCGCAUGGUGCUUAGGAGCAUUCCAUUCCAUGUAGGAGGUGGAGAUGUACAGCUAACUGAGAGGCUAGUUUGAGAGCUAUACACCUUUCUGUCUGAAAAUAGUGGUUGGUUGAGGCUGUGAGCCUAGAUUUGCAAAUGUACUAGAAGAAACUGUAAAUGCUGUAGUUUUAUACAUAGUCGAGGGGGCUACACGGGUUUUCCUGAAUUUAUAAGGGUGUAAAAAAUGAGUGUUACACACUGUGACGUGACGUGACUGUACAAAAAUGUUGCCCGUGGUCGUUUAUGUUUCUAGGCAGAGAGUUGGAUUGUAUCCUAUCCUAUCGUAUCGUAUUUAAAACAGUUUUCUUAUUCAGUCAAAAAUGUCACUUUGAACCUCUCUCUCUCUCUCUCUCUCUC